AUGGACGUGGACGACAGCGACGCCGCCAAGCCAGACCCGAUGGUGCUCAACGAGAUGAGGCAACUGGAAAGGGAGAUUCAAACAUGGGAUCUUGUCCGUCGGCUCCUCCCGCUGAGAUCUGCCGAAGCCCAGCCGACGUCGUCUCUCUUCACGGCGAAAAAGAAGGCGCUGCACGACUUGGUCGACACGGAUCCUAUACUCAAAGAGCGCCGCGCUGUCCUCCAGUGGCUGCAGACAAACGCCGCGUCCGGCCCCGACAUUGACGAGUUGGCGCGCGAACUGCAACAAAAUGCCGACAGGAGACAUCAUUGCCCACGGGUGGCUUCAUACCCGCUCCAAAAUCAAACUCAGAAAGAGCAUGACGGCUUGGCCACAUCUGUUGGAUCGACAGUCCCCAAGCGUUACCACGUCCUCAACUCGGAUGGAGCGCCGCUUGUCACACAGUUGGACCCUGACGCAGGUCAUGGCAGACGCCCUCCGGCGUCUCUUGUGCUGUGGCGCCGCAUGUGCCUCAGCUUGGCCCGGGGCGGCGGCUCCGACGACUACGAGCGGGCCGUGUACGGCUUGCUGUCGGGAGACAUUGCGAGCGUCGAAAAGGUGGCCAAGAGUUGGGACGACUUCCUGUUUGCCAACUACAACGCCCUCUUGCGAACCCAGAUCGAUUCACAUUUGCUGAGCCAAUCUCCGCCCGACACGGUGUCCGUCUUGGCCCAGUCCUUUCCGUCCUUUGAUGCUAUUCAGUUUCACGGCGAACUGGAAGGUGUUGAGAAGCGGCUGGUGACGACGCUGGAAUCCCAGAAGAGCACCAGGGACGAGGCGCUGGAGCCAAACAAGGCACUUCAAGCUUCCCUCAUCGCGAGAGAUAUCGACCGUCAUCUAUACGAGCAAGCGCUCGUGCUGACUGAAGACGCAAACAAGGACGAGCCGUCUUUGCUGCUUCCCUCGAUACAUCCUACCGCGUGGAAUUUCCUCAACGACAAGGGAGAUCUUGUCCGCCACAAGUUUUUCGGCCUCGAACAGCACGAAGGUCUUCGCAUAGCAUGCCAUAUAUAUGUGCUCAUAGCUCUGCUGCGCCAGUUCGACGCCCUGGAGGGCAAGGUGCAGGAUCAACUCACAACAUCUCACUGGCGCUCUGGCCAGGAGAGCAUUAUCGCCGGAUACACGGAUUACUUGGCACGUGCCAAUCUGAAAGAGCUGAUCCCUCUGUACUGCUCAAUACUGCGGUCCCCGCGCCAGUACGAGGUUCUGAGCUGGAAUAUGAUCCAUGAACAAAACGCCGAUAGGCGCAUGACGCAGCUCAAGCUCAUCAAGAGGGUCGGCAUAGACGUUCUAAAGUUUGUGGAAACAUUGGCGAAGCUAGUGUUUGACAAGCUCGAUCACACCAACGACACGUUCACUGCGAAGGAGUCGUUUAGUAUCAUGGGGAGGGCCACCUACAGUUCGGCAUGGGCGUGUAUACAAGUUUUUCUUCAAAACACGCAUCUGCUCGCGGCUCGGAGACUCAUGGAGCGAGUGCAGUUUGACGCGAUCUUGCAAAACGUCAGCGAGCAGGAGGUCGACCUCGGGGUGUUCGACGACGUCGACUUUUGGGCUCAGCAGCUCGACCAAAGCGGCAUCGCUAGCGCAGUGCCGGAGCAAGUCAUGACCGAUGCGCGAAACUACCGUGAGCUGGAGCAUCUGGCACGGGCGCUCGACAGCCUGGAAACUAUGGGCUCCCUGAUGAGGCUUUCCAAAGAGGCGCCACCAGGAGACCGCACGUUCUGGAGCGGGGUCGGCGAUGCAGUCAAAGUCAUGAAGGAUCGGAUGCAGCCGCUGCUGGGCAGCUGGCUGCUGACGAGCAUUGAGGGGUGA